AUGGGACUUAUCGGAAAGACGUCGCAUGUCGACUCGUCCGACGAACAAGUUCGCGACUCCAAUGAUGCUGAGCACAAGGGCGCUGCCGACCACAUCAAGCAUCCGUUCUCUGAUUUGAGACAGAAGUUGAAGGAAUCGUCUCUGUACGAUGUCAAAGUCAAGGCCAUACAUGCCAAACACAAAAUCGGCAAAUGGCAGAACUUGAUCAACCCAAACCACCGCCACGACGAAGAGCACGAGAAAGCCACCGACGAGAAGAGAAGCAAGGUUGCUGAAGGCCAUCGCUUCGAGAGUUUUGCUCCCGAGAGAGACGGAAACAAGGUCAAAUGGUACAUUGACGGACGUGACUACUUCCACGCCGUCUCAGUCGCACUUGAAAGAGCAAAGGAAACCAUCUAUAUUGCGGACUGGUGGCUAUCGCCUGAACUCUUCUUGCGAAGACCUCCCUUCUCUACUCAGCAUUGGCGUCUGGACCAUGUCCUGAAGCGUGCAGCCGAACGUGGUGUUCAGAUCUACGUUAUUGUGUACAAAGAGGUUAACCAAGCUCUUACUUGUAACUCGGCGCACAGCAAGCGUGCUCUGCGUGCCCUCUGCCCUGAAGGCACUCCUGGCCAUGGCAACAUCCAUUUCAUGCGCCAUCCGGAUCACAAUAUCUUCGAAAACGCUGGAGACAUGACCUUCUACUGGGCGCAUCAUGAAAAGUUUAUCGUUAUUGACUUCGAUCUUGCCUUCAUCGGAGGUCUGGAUCUUUGCUUCGGUCGCUGGGAUCAGUGGCAGCAUCCAUUGGCUGAUGCCCAUCCUGCGGGUGUCGAGAAUGAGAUCUUCCCCGGACAGGACUUUAACAACAACAGAAUCAUGGACUUCCAGGACGUCCAAGACUGGAAGAGCAACGAAUUGAGCAAGGCUGACUAUGGACGCAUGCCAUGGCAUGAUGUAGCCAUGGGUGUCAUUGGACCUUGUGUCUAUGAUAUCGCCGAACAUUUCGUAUUGCGCUGGAACUUCGUCAAGCGUGACAAGUACAAGCGUGACGAGCGUUUUGAUUGGCUUACUCUUGAGGGUCGCGAAGGUGAAGAUGAGGAUCUGAUUGCAGUCCAAAGGCCUAAGCAUCCUGUUGGAGAGUAUAUCCACCACCCUGUCUCACCCAUGAACGUCAAGACUGGUAGACCGGACCCCGAGAACACUCAAGGCAGUAUUCACGCACAGCUCGUGCGAAGCAGUGCAGAUUGGUCAAGUGGUAUCCUGACUGAGCACAGCAUUCAGAACGCAUACUGUGAGGUAAUCAGGAACGCCCAGCACCUUGUCUACAUCGAAAAUCAGUUCUUCAUCACUUCGACGGGAGAAGAACAAGCACCCAUCCACAACCAGAUCGGUAAGGCCAUUGUUGAUGCUUGUGUCAGAGCAGGCAAGGAGGGUCGCAAGUUCAGAGUUAUCAUCGUCAUUCCGGCUAUUCCUGGAUUUGCUGGCGACCUGAGAGACAAUGCUGCCGCGGGAACAAGAGCCAUUAUGGAUUAUCAAUACAAGUCCAUCAACAGAGGUGAACACUCUAUCUUUGGUCAGAUCAGGAAGCAAGGCGUAGAUCCUGAGAACCAUGUGUUCGUUUUCAAUCUUCGCUCAUACGACAGACUGAACAAGACACCCGCAUUGAAGAAGAUGGAAGACGAAUCUGGUGUUACUUAUCAAGAAGUACAACGUGCUCAAGCUGAAGAAAUCAUGUCUUCAGGUGUCCACGGUGGUGCCGAGUCGUCCUCAUCAGACGAGGGUGAGUCUGAAGAUGACGAAAAGGAGCACUUCUCGAGCCGCAAGAAGAAGUUCGAGGCCCGUAGAGCGGCAGCUGGACUAAGGAAUGAUCAGGUUAUCAGCGAAGACAGUGUGGCUAAGAACGCUAUGUUGGGCGAAAAGAAGGUUAGCGAGGAAAAGUGGGAUGAGAGUGACUUGGAACAAGAGAAGGCGAACUGGGUACAAGAAGAGCUCUACGUUCAUGGCAAAGUAUGCAUUGUUGAUGACAGAAUUGUUCUCUGUGGAAGCAGUAACAUCAACGAUCGCUCUCAACUAGGAUAUCACGAUUCGGAGCUCACAAUCGUCAUGGAGGAUACCAAUGUGCUCCCUUCGAUCAUGGACGGCCGCGAGUACCAAGCCGGUCACCACGCCGCGACCCUGCGUCGCAUGCUGUGGCGUGAACACCUAGGCUUGUUACCUGCACAGCCUCUGGAUGCAGAGGAGGACCCCAACGCUCAACCUCCGGAUGUCUGUCCCAACACCUGGCAUGAAGGAGACGAGUAUGACAGACUUGUCGCAGAUCCUUUGUGCGACGAUGUCUGGAACUUGUGGACUCAACAAGCGACCACUAACACCGAAGUCUUCCGCCAUCUCUUCCAUGCGGAUCCCGAUGACAACAUCCGUACAUUCGAGGAUUACCAAAACUUCCUCCCGAGAAAUGACAUGAAGCAAGGUCAUCUUUUCAACAAGUACAUGCCAGACGACGAGGUGAAACGCGCCCUCGACAAGAUCAGAGGACAUCUCGUCUGGAUGCCGUUACACUUCCUUGAGAAUGCGGAGAUGGCCGAAAAGGGACUUGCAGUCAACUACUACACUGAAAGUAUUUACACUUGA